AAUAAGUAAACUCAUCAUUUCUUAAUCAGUAUACAUUAACUUGGAUGAGAUUAAAUCUUAAACAUAAGUUUGGAAUUGCAGUGAUGUCUACAAACGAUGACAAAGAAUCGGUGAUGAAGGGGGUAAAGCAUGGAGCUCGAGACUACCUGAUUAAGCCACUUCGGUUGGAAGAAGUGAAGAAUAUUUGGCAGCAUGUGGUCCGGCAGAACCUAUUUAAUACAACGAAAUUUGGCACCGUGCAAGAAGGAACAGAUCAAAACCCCCCAAUUCCAUCUGCUCAGAAGAAGAAGAAGAAGAGGGUUAGUUGGACUGUAGUGUUGCAUAACAAGUUUGUGGAUGCUGUUCGGCUGCUAGGAGUAGAUAAAGCAGUUCCAAAGGAGAUACUCCAAAUCAUGAAUGAACCGGUGAUCUCUCUAGCAAGUGUUGCUAACCACCUUCAGAAGUACAGAAAUCCCUUAAGGAAGGAGAACACAAAAGCUAAAAUGACCCAAGAAAGCGAGAACAAUAUCAAUUCAAACAGAACAAAUGGUCUUCUAUCUGAUACAAUCACCACAGCUUGUAUUAAUCAAGGCCUAAACACCCUCAAUCAUCACAAUAGAUUUGCAGAACAAGACAUGAGUACUGGGAUCAUCUCAUUUGGUAGCCGGCUUCAAACAUUUGGUGCUUCCACAUCAAAUGCAAAACUCCUCCAACAAAACCAACUACCUCCCAAAGUAGUAGCAGAUCAAAUGCGCCCAACCGUGCUUGGAAGUGUCCCUCCAUCUCAAUUUUUUGCAGCAAAUCCGUCUCCCCAUCAUGAAUUGAAUGGGACGAGGUUUCACUCUAUUAAUUCGGGAACAGAGAUUUUUUAUGACAAUUUCAAGAUGUCUUCUUCUCAGCUUCCUAGAUUUCACACAGGACAAUCUGGUCCAAGCAGUAUGCCUGUUAGCUUUGGGCCAUAUUCAUGUCCUCCUGCAGCCUUCAACCUUGCUGGUGUUCCUUUUCAAAUGCCCAAUGCUUCAGAUCAAUUGAAUCCAAUUUUUCAACCUGAUUCUCUUGCCAUGCUGCUUCCAUGGCCACGUGAAGGAAGAAAUUUAGCUAAUCUCAAAGUAAAAGAAGAACCAAUUAACUUUCCAUUUGACAUGCGACAAAUCACAGAUGACUCAAUCAAAAAAGGGCAGUUUGGGCAGCAUCGAUAUCCCUUUGAGAAUACAGAAAGAGAAAUCAAGAGCCAUCACAAUAAUAGCAGCAGUUCGUCGGAUGAUGGCCUCCUUAGCAGUAUAGUAAAACAGUUUAGUAGCAAUUCGGCUCCUAGGUUGUAAUCACAGGGCAUCCUAUUUUAAAUUGAAGCUAAUUUAUGAAAUCGAAGAAGAAGAAGAUUUGUCGAUGCCUACACUGAUAAAAGAUUUUUUGUGUUCAUGAUUGUUUAGAGCUGCUUUCCAUAUUGUGAGAUUUGAAGAUUGAUGCUUUCUCUAUGGGAGGCAAAUGAUAGUUUUUAAAGGGUUUAAACCGUGGUCUAAUUUACUGAUCAGAUAAAUCAUGAUUUAUUCUAGAUUUCUUUACAUUGUUAGAUGUCCAUAGUCAUGCAUUAAUUCUCUAGGAUAUAUAUAUUUUUAAUUUGC